GCGCCGAUCGGGUAACAGGCCGAGAGGGCCGGCGUUUCUCCAGCGCGAAAGAGAGACGUGUCUCCGCCAGCCGAGUUUGAGAGCGAGUCCCCAACUGAGGAGGACCGAGGCGAGAAGGCUUCAAGGAGGUAAUUGAUGGGAAGUGUCUAAAGAGAACGCUAGAGAGUCAGGGCCCGUGGAAGUGGGUUUCAGUAAGUCCUGGCUUUCUGUUCCCCUUGCAUUCGCUCAGAGACCGUGUGAAAUCCACCGAUCUCCCUCCGGCCACACAUAAACCGUGGUUCAUUUGUGGAAUCUUCUGUGAGAUGAGAUUGUUUCCACACUCCAUGGUGUCGUGUGGGGUGGUUCAUUUUUUCAACAAGGGCUUUUAAGCACCGCCCUGUGGACAGUUGUGACCACACAGUUUCUUGUACUAUAAGAUGGAUGUCGGAGGAGUAAGAGAAUGGAUUCUUGUCCCUGGUGUGAAAUUCUGAGGGGGGAAUACUGCCCAGUAUUGGGAUGAGGGAUGGUAGGGUGGAUGAAAAUAAAACUAAUUGGCUGCAUUCUUUUUUCUUUUUUGCCCGCUAUUUCUGAACACUGAAUCUAUUCCUAAGGAAAAGCAAGAGGAAAUUCCCUUCGAUCGGCGUCAGUUGGGCACCGACUUCUAGAAGCAUUUGCCCAGAGUCCUACUGAAAAGCUCUACAGUCGGUAUGGCUGAGAACCAGACAAGGGGUCGUGGCCCCGUCGCGGACAGCCCCGGAGCAGAGUCGCCGGCGUCUGCGCCAGGCCAAGACACCCGAAGGGAAAACCGCGACUCCGACCUGGAAGAGUUGCGCGUUCGCUUCAGAACGUUUAUCAGCUCAGACGAAUCCGACCCCAUGAAGGCUCUGAGGAGGCUCCGUGAACUCUGCGGGCUGUGGCUGAGGCCGGAUCUUCACACCAAGGAGGAGAUGGUGCUGGAGCAGUUCGUGAUGUGCGUGCCGCCUGAGAUCCAGGUCUUAGUCAAAAGUAGUGGUGCCGAGACUUGUAAGCAUCUGGAGGAGGUGCUGAGAAAGAAGCAGAAACUGACGAAAUGGGCUGUAGUGCGUGUCCAAGGCGAGGAUGUUUUGAUGCCCGUCUCGGGUGUUGAGAUGUUAGGAUCUGAGGUCAGUGAGGGGCACAGUGAGGGAGACCGAGCCAGGGAGCCCCAGCCUACAGUCAGUGUCAUCCCUCCAGACGAGGGCCAGCAGGAAAGCCAAGACGGGCAGCAUCUGCCAGGAGCCAAGGACCUGUCGAGGGGGCAGGACCAGAAAGCUCUCCCGCCAGAGACCAUUCCUGAAACAGGUGAACUGGAGGGUCAGACGCCCUCCAAGGAGAACUUGGAGAAGGACCUGUGGGAAGACACAGGAGUGACAAGAACCCUUUCAUCUCAAGAGCCUGAACUUCUGCAGAAUCGUGAGAGAGAUGUUUUCACUCCGAGUGGAUCCAGACGAGGUCCUCUGAAGAAUCGCAGACAUGUGAAAAGGAAGCGGGAGAGCAGUCCCACUUGCCAAGACGUGGGUCAAGAGGCAGCCACGUGUUUGGACCAAGGAGAGUUCUCAGGACAGUUUGGGUCCCGUUCCUCUGGUGCAUUUGGCACCAUGCGACCCACCAGUCUUCCUGAGGGAGCAGAAACCCCGGGACGGGCACCCUCUGAAUGCACGGUGUGCAAAAAGAGCUUUCCUUAUCAAUCUCAGCUUACCCUGCACCAGAGGACACACACAGGAGAGAGGCCCUUUCAAUGUGACGUCUGUGCCAAAGGGUUCAUACAGCCUUCAGACCUGCGGGUUCACCAGUGGAUCCACACUGGUGAGAAGCCCUACAGCUGUGAUCUCUGCCUCAAGAAGUUCACCCACGACUCCACGCUGUGCACUCACAAGAGGACCCACACCCAGGAGAAGCCUUUCCGCUGUGAGCAGUGUGACAGAGCUUUCGGCCACCGAGGGAACCUCAACGUUCACCGACGCACCCACUCUGGGCUCAAGCCCUACGUGUGCCCUGAGUGUCACACAGCCUUCCGUCAGCUGGGGACUUUCAAACGCCACCGGAAAAUCCAUUCCAGAUGACUGGCUCAGGACCCUGCCCUCAGGUCCAGGUCUUUUCUGUUUUAAUGAGAAAAUUGAGAAUGAUUUGUCACCUGUGUGAUACAAAGUGUGGAUGACAGGGGAAGGGCUUAGGAGGAUC